ACAACAAGGCUGUGAACACACCUAGUGGCACCUUCCUCCUCUGGUGCGUCACCGUGCGUCAGCGAUUUUUGCCACAGACACAUGACAUAAAAGAAGAUUACCAACUGGAGCACUGCUGCGACUAGUUUCUGAUUCUGAGCGCUCUGUGCUUAACGAAAGGAUAAAAACGUAGGCAUUGUUCUUUUAUAGUAGAAAAUAUUUAGUUAAGGCAGUGUGAGCUAUUCAGUGGAGCAAGGCAGCUUUCUUAAUAGCACCACAAACAAGCAAGAAGUUGGAAAUCAAAAGAUAUGGCACAAACAGAGUGUGAUGAAGUUACAGAGGUGGUGUGUUUGGAAUCUGAGCUGCAGGAUGGACAGUAAUAUUUUCAUCACAUUAAUAAUUAUAUCACUUUAUUCACCACAAAUUUCUCAUUAUGGAAGUAAUGGUGUAUACCAUUGUUUCUUUUUGACUGUUGCUUAUCACAGAAUGAAGGAGGUUGAAGUGGAUCACCAAAAAAUCCUGUUGGUUCGUAAUGAAGGCCAGUUCAGUGCCGUGGGUGCUCUGUGUACUCACUAUGGAGCACCACUAAUAAAAGGUGCUCUGAUGGGAAAUAGAGUGAGGUGUCCUUGGCAUGGGGCUUGUUUUAACAUUACAACAGGAGAUAUUGAAGAGUUUCCAGGCCUGGACUCUUUGCCUACAUACAAGGUGAAAGUUGAGAAUGGUAAAGUUCACGUUACAAGAAAUAAAAAGACUCUGACUAAACGUGUUAAAGAAAUGAGCUGUAAAGUGCCUGGUGUCUGUCACACCAUACUUUUAAUUGGAGGAGGUCCUGCCUCUUUGCAAUGUGCAGAAACCCUUCGACAGAAUAACUACCAAGGGCGAAUUAUAAUGGUCACGAAAGAUGAGCAGCUGCCUCUAGACAAAACAAAACUUAGUAAAGCCAUGAAUAUAGAGAGUGAAAACAUUCUUCUUCGACCAAGUGACUUCCUAAAACAGCAUGGCAUUGAAGUGUGGACAGAAAAGGAAGUGGUGUCUAUGGAUACAGAAACAAACACAGUCAGUUUUCACGAUGGUACCAAUCAACACUACAGUCAGCUCUUGAUUGCUACAGGAGCGAGAGCAAGGAGUAUGCAAUGUCCUGGUGCUGAAAUGGAGAAUGUGAAAUUCCUGGAGAACUACAAAGAUGCAACUGAGAUUUAUCAGAUGAGUGUAGGCAACAGGGUCGUGAUCAUUGGAACAUCUUUUAUAGGAAUGGAAGUAGCAGCUUUUCUGUCUGACAAAGCAGCUAGCGUAGCUGUUGUGGGCAGAUCCGACGUGCCUUACCAGUUUUCACUGGGACCAGAUAUUGGCAGAAUGACUAUGCAGAUGCUGGAGGAGAAAAAUGUGAGAUUCUACAUGAAAAAUGGUGUGACUGAAAUACAAGGGGAGAAAGGAAAGGUCAAAAAGGUUAUACUGCAAAAUGGUGACAUGUUGCCAGCAGACGUUGUAAUUGUAGGAAUUGGUGUCAUUCCAAACUCUGAUUUCCUGAAGGGAAGCAUGGUGAAAAUUGAUUCAAGAAAUGCCAUCAUUGUUGAUAAGUUCAUGAGAACGAACAUUCCAGAUGUCUUUGCUGCUGGGGAUGUGGCAUCCUUUCCUCUUUCAAUUCAUGCAGAUGAAAGGGUUAAUAUUGGACACUGGCAGCUGGCACAAGCACAUGGCCGGGUUGCAGCUUUAAACAUGCUGAAUAAGCAGACUGAACUCCACUCUGUCCCAUACUUCUGGACUGUGUUGCUGGGAAAAAGUAUCAGAUAUACAGGUUAUGGUGAAGGCUAUACGGACAUUGUUUUCAAAGGAUCUGUUGAUGAGAGGAAGUUUCUUGCAUUUUAUAUAAAGGGUGAUGAAGUCAUCGCAGCAGCCAGCUUGAACUUUGAUCCAGCUGUCUCACGGGUGGCAGAACUAAUGGCAACCGGGGAAAAUAUUACAAAAUUCCAAGCUGAAUCAGAGGACCUCGGAUGGUUGCAUCUUCCUUAGAUGUAUCUUGUGCAUCACUACUGGCUACAGGAGAAACCUUUAUUACAUUUAUAUUUGAAUUUAUUAUUAAAAGUACAAAAGUGCUUUUUUUUCUACUGACAGUGAUCUUGUGGAACAACACUGGUUAAAAACGAUAAGUGGUUUGAUGGCAUAUGAUGGAUCAUGGCAAUUAUUUUACUCACCCAUUUUAUUUCUGCUUUAGAGAACAUAUUACUCUCCAGAUGCAAAAGAGUUAUAGAGUAGACAUUGGCUCCAGUACCAGCUUUGCUUCAAAUUGUCCUUAUAAUCAAAUUGCCUUGACCUACUUAUAUUCUAAAUCAUCUGUCAGUUUGUGUCUUUUUAUUUUUUAUUUUUUUUACACUAGACCAACAAUCAAACUAUUUCUCAGAGAUAGCUUCCUCUUCCUCUUUAGCUAUUGUGUUGUUAGUGCUUGUUUACAUUUUGCUUUCAUUUCAGCAUUGCUAAUGAUUUUUUGUGUGUUGGAAAUCUGGAAAAUUCAGAAGCAUCAUAUUUAUGGAACCAUUUCCAAAACAUUAGAGUGGUAGCAGAUGAAGCUUGUAGUACUGUCUAAUUUGUGUAAUUGUAUUGUUUAUAGAUUUUUGCAAUUUAUUUAUACAGAAGCCCAGAAGUACCAGUCUCAUGUACACUUGUAUGUCACUGCCAUUUAUGUCACUUGGAAUGAUGUGUGCUACAGCUCCCCCAGAGUAAAAAUGCUCUGUGGUCUCACAGCUGCAGAAACAUGGGUCUCUUGUUACAUGAAGUGAACCUAUGAACAGAUUAUCUGUAUUGACCUAAAUGUGGGUAUAUAUAAUAAUAUAAGAAUACAAAUGUGUAAUUAUAAGAAUACAGAAAAUGAUUGAGUGAAUGAAUGAUGUACAAUUAUAAAGCAUUGGUGUUGCAGAGCACCGCAGAAAGUCCCUGGAUUUGAUCUUGAGCUCAGCUUACUGUCCCUGUGGAGUUUUGCUUGUUCUCACUGUAUUUUUCUUUCAAAAAUAAAUAAAUAGUUUGCAAAA